UAUCACAGUCUGGAAAGAAGGUACCCUAAGGUAUAUCGGACGUUAGGUACCUUUCUUUAGUCCGGCCAGUAACGUUUCGAUACCCAUGUGUGUAAGAGAAAAUUUUCAUUUAUUAGAUGGUCUGGAGAAGGCAAAUAUUUUCGCCGUGCAAGUUGAUUCGACAAUUGCAAUUCCCAUCCUACGAUAAAAAGAAGAGGACGAUAGGGUCGAUUUUCGACUGCUUAUAUUUAAAUAUCAAUACCAUCCAACCUCUUUCUUCGUCCCGCAAACGAUAUUCGACUUUUGCGCAGUCCAAGAUGUCUUCCGAGGAGAUCACACACGCUACCAUCAAGGAUGGCUGGUUCAGAGAGAUCUCUGAGAUGUGGCCGGGCCAGGCCAUGACUCUGAAGGUGAAGAAGGUUCUCCACCACGAGAAGAGCAAGUACCAGGAUGUGCUCAUCUUCGAGUCCACCAACUACGGUACCGUCUUGGUCCUGGACAACGUCAUCCAGUGCACCGAGCGUGACGAGUUCUCCUACCAGGAGAUGAUCACUCACUUGGCUAUGAACUCCCACCCCGACCCCAAGAAGGUGCUGGUCAUCGGCGGCGGUGACGGAGGUGUCCUGCGCGAGGUUGUCAAGCACGAGUGUAUCGAGGAGGCUGUCCUCUGCGAUAUCGACGAGGCCGUCAUCCGCCUCUCCAAGCAAUACCUACCUGGUAUGGCCGAGGGUUUCAAGCACCCCAAGGUGAAGGUGCACGUCGGGGACGGCUUCAAGUUCCUAGACGAUUACAAGAAUGCCUUCGACGUCAUCAUCACAGACUCGUCGGACCCCGAGGGUCCCGCCGAGAGCCUCUUCCAGAAGUCGUACUUCGAGCUGCUGCACGGUGCUCUCCGACCCGGCGGCGUCAUCACCACCCAAGCUGAGAACCAGUGGCUCCACCUACCGCUCAUCGCCAAGCUGAAGAAGGACUGCAGAGAGGUCUUCCCCGUCGCCGAGUACGCGUACACUACCAUCCCGACAUACCCGUCGGGCCAGAUCGGCUUCAUGGUGUGCUGCAAGGAGGAGGGUCGCGACGUCAAGACGCCUCUGCGUUCCUGGUCUCCCGAGGAGGAGGAGCGUCUGUGCAAGUACUACAAUGCUGAGAUCCACAAGGCUAGCUUUGUUCUGCCUACCUUUGCCGCGAAGGCUCUCCAAUAGACGCGCCAAAUUGCGGUGAAAAGUGAAAAGUGAAAAGGUGGUUGGAUGGGCUGGGCUACGAUGCUGGGUGGUCCGGACGAUGAAGAUCGUGAGAUGAUUCAAUGCCUCACGAGUCACGUGUUUUGGCUUUAGAAGAGCCUAUAGGUAGCCGUCAAUAAUGAAUAGACUGGCUUAUGACUAA